UCAUGUGACCGCAGCCGGAGAGGAAGCUUCAAUCACGGCGAACAUGUCUGAGCGGACGCCGCUGCUGCAUUACCGGCUCUCCGCCAGCGUCAACGAGUCCGGAGACCACCGGGAGACUCGGACCGGUAGAGAUGAGGACGAGCACCAGAGCCCCGCUUCUGUCCGACGGAAAACCGCCGCUAAACAGCCGCCCAAACUCAACAUAUUCUUCGGCGUGGUGAUCCCAACACUGCUGUCAAUGUUCAGUGUGGUGGUGUUCCUGCGGAUCGGUUUUGUUGUGGGUCAGUGUGGUCUUUAUCAGACUAUAGCAAUGCUGCUGGUGUCGUAUUUCAUCAUCAGUAUGACGGUUUUGUCGGUGUGCGCGAUCUCCACUAACGGAGCGCUGGACGCCGGAGGAGCGUAUUACAUGAUCAGUCGUGCUCUCGGCCCAGAGUUCGGUGGCAGCAUUGGCAUCAUGUUCUUCCUGGCGAACGUGUGCGGCUGUGCCUUCUUAGUGCUGGGACUGGUGGAGGCCGUGCUCACAACCUUCGGGAUUCCUGAAGAUGGCUCGUCGCUGUCUGCAUCUCGGUACAUGGUUCUGCCGACCGGUUACUGGUGGUCUUUCCUGUACGGCACGGUGGUUCUGCUGCUGUGUGUGUUCGUGUGUCUGAUCGGGGCUCAUAUCUAUGCUAAAGCCACCUUCCUCAUCUUCAUCAUCGUCAUGGUGUCUUUAGGGAGCAUCUUUAUCAGUUUCUUCAUCGUGCCGUUUAAAACCGUCCAGCUGCCUGGUCACAGGAACGCUUCCCUCGGGCCGACGAGCGCAAACUUCACCGGCUUUAAGUUAGAAUCUCUGAUGGGAAACGUGCAAGCUGACUACACAGUGGACUACUCCACUGGAGUCAUGAUGUCUUUCGCCACUGUUUUUGCGGUGAUGUUUAACGGCUGCACUGGAAUCAUGGCUGGAUCCAACAUGUCCGGUGAUCUGAAGAACCCGAGCUACUCCAUUCCUCGUGGAACCAUCACAGCCGUCGUUUUCACCUUCGUAAUCUAUAUCCUGCUGAGUAUACUGAUCUCCUGCACCUGUGACCGGGUCCUCCUCCAGCAGGAUUACGGUUUCCUCACAGACAUCAACGUCUGGCAUCCGUUCGUGACGAUCGGUGUUUACUCGUCCACGCUGUCGGCUGCCAUGAGUAACCUGAUCGGAGCGUCCCGUGUGCUCUUCGCUCUGGCUCGAGACGACCUGUUCGGACGCUUCCUGUCUCCUGCCAAACACACGUCUGCGAGCGGGAACCCCUGGGUGUCUGUGCUGAUCUCCUGGUUCCUCGUGCAGCUGGUGUUGUUCUCAGGGAAGCUGAACACGAUUGCGAGUAUCGUCACUAUAUUCUUCCUGCUGGUGUACGCAGCUGUGGAUCUGGCCUGUCUGGCUCUGGAGUGGGCCUCCGCUCCCAACUUCAGGCCCACGUUCAGGUAUUUCACGUGGCACACGUGUGUUUUGGGGAUCAUCGGCUGCGCCAUAAUGAUGUUCCUGAUCAAUGCCAUCUACGCCUCGGCGAGCAUCGCCUUCAUGCUGCUGCUGCUGCUGCUGAUCCACUACCUGAGUCCUGUCAGCAGCUGGGGAUGCAUCAGCCAGGCACUCAUCUUCCACCAGGUGCGUAAAUACCUGCUGAUGCUGGACGUUCGUAAGGAUCACGUCAAGUUCUGGAGGCCACAGGUGCUGCUGAUGGUGUCCAACCCCAGGUGCAGCGUGGGAUUGAUCACGUUCAUCAACGACAUCAAGAAGAGCGGCCUCUAUGUGCUGGGACACGUGCAGCUCGGAGACCUCGACGUUCUCCCGUCGGAUCCGCUGCAGUCUCAGUACGACUCCUGGUUGUCUCUGGUGGAUCAUUUGAAUAUUAAAGCGUUUGUUAAUCUCACGCUGGCCGACUCUGUCAGACACGGAGUUCAACAUCUUCUGUUCAUAUCAGGACUCGGCGGUAUGCGACCCAACACUCUGGUUUUGGGUUUCUAUGACGACACGCCGCCUCAGGACCAGCUGCAGGACCCCUCUCUGUCGAUGUGCAAUUUCUCUGAGAGCUCUGUUCAAGUCGACGAACCCGAAAAUAAGAGCGAGCCGCCCUUCCAUUUCCCGCCGGUGCGAGGGGGCGUGUCCUUGGGCAGGGGCGGGAAGUCUCUGGGGCCUCAGGAGUACGUGUGCAUAAUCGCAGACGCAGUGAAGAUGCUGAAGAACGUGGCUUUGGUGCGAUAUUUCGAUCAGUUCGAUCGUACGCAGGCGCUCCAGGGGCCCGUGUUCGUCGAUGUGUGGCCGGUGAAUCUUCUGCGACCCGACAGCGCCGCGUAUGUCGACACGUGCUCGCUGUUUUUGCUUCAACUCGCGUGCAUCCUCAACAUGACGAGGGCGUGGCAGAAAGCUAAGCUCCGCCUCUUUUUAUGUGUGGAGGAGGGGCGGAGCCUUAAAGGGACGGAACAGAAGCUCAAAAAUCUCUUGAAAGAUCUCCGAAUGAAGGCGGACAUCUGCACGGUUCCCUGGGAUUCCCAAGUCGCGCUUCAUUGGCAGCGUCAGACGGGUUCGGAAAAAAUCGAAGAGGUAGAAAGCGAAGAGGACGGAGUCGAAGACGAUAAAGAAUUCGCGAACAGCUUCCCUAGCAACACCUCGCGAGUGUCAGACGAGUAUUUACAAGCGGUUAACAAACUCAUCCUGGACCAGACGCUCCGCCCCCCCGCCGUCCGCUUCCUGUAUUUGCCCCGCCCCCCUGCCGACACCAGCCGUUACCAUGACUACCUGCAUCAGCUAGAGCUGCUCACGCGUAACCUGGGCCCGACCCUCCUGAUCCACGGGGUCACGCCGGUCAUCACCACUGACCUUUGACCUUCCGGUUCUAAUCACAUAAACGAAUCUAUAAGAUACGAAACGCGUUCGGUUGAUUAUUUUCCACUUUUUUCGAGCACUUCACAUGUUUACUUCGGAGGAUGUUAUAGAUCCAUUCCGGUUCUUCCAUCUCUCUACGUUCUAUUCUUUUCUCGGAUUGUAACAAUGUAACAUUCCUGGAAUUCCAGAAUGUUGCCGCUUGAUAUUCCGGUGCUGUCCCUGAAUGUUUUUCAAUGCCAACUGGAAUGUUUUACGAUGUUUUUAGACACUCCAGAAGUAUUUUGCAUUUCAACAACAAAAGUACAAAGAUUUGUGAGUGUGUUUGUUUACUUGAUGCAAUAAUAAUAAUAAUUUUUUUUGCAGCCAAGACGAAGCUCUUGCCUUCAGUGAUACUACUGAGUUUUACAGUUUUACUGACACCAAACCAAAGCGCUUUGUGUCGUGUGUGUGUGUGUGUGUGUGUGUGUGUGUGUUUGGGGUCCACACGUGUUACAAUAAUAAACACACACACGACUAACAAACAGUACGACAGUAUACCUCCAAAUCACACUCCAUUCUGUGUUUGAAGCAUUUUUAAUAUGCAAUCAUUUUAAGCACUGUAAAAUUGAAGUAUAUAAAAAAAAAUUGUUUAGUAAUUGAAUAAAAAUAAUGUUUGCUUAC